UGUCACCAAAAUUAGAAGGGGACAAGAAAAGAAGACAGCAGCAAAAUCCGGAAAGAGCUGCACAACAAAGGAAGAGACUGAGAGAAUGAGCAACAGCAUCGCUGGAAUUGGAAUUGGAAAUGGAAAUCGGAAAGUGGUGUGUGUUACCGGCGCUUCUGGUUACAUAGCGUCAUGGAUAGUCAACCUCCUCCUUCAACGUGGCUACACUGUUAGGGCCACCCUUCGUGAUCCAAGUAAUCCAAAGAAGCUUGAUCACUUGCUCAAACUCCACGGCGCAAAGGAGAGGUUGCAGAUCUUUAAGGCGGACCUUCUAGAAGAUGGCUCCUUUGACUCUGCCAUUGACGGUUGCGAUGGUGUCUUUCAUACUGCUUCGCCUGUUACGCUUCGGGCUGUUAAUGACCCGCAGGCUGAAUUAAUUGAUCCAGCAGUGAAAGGAACCUUGAAUGUCCUUCAAUCCUGUGCAAAAUCACCAUCGGUGAAACGAGUAGUAUUGACAUCUUCUAUUUCUGCGGUUGUAUUUACAGAUAGGCCUUUAACUCCCGAUGUAGUGGUCGAUGAGACAUGGUUUUCAGAUGCUGAUAACUGUACGAAACUAGAGAGAUGGUAUUCACUUUCAAAGACAUUAGCAGAGGAUGCAGCCUGGAAAUUUGCAAACAAGAAUGGCAUUGACAUGGUUUCUAUUUUACCAUCAAUGGUAGCAGGACCUCUGUUACAACCAGAAGUUAAUGAAAGCGUUGAGCCAAUCCUAAGCAUAAUAAAUGGUGCACCAUUUCCAAAUAGAGUUUUUGGAUGGGUGAACGUGAAAGAUGUCGCGAUCGCCCAUAUUCAGGCAUAUGAGAUUCCUACAGCUAGUGGAAGAUAUCUUAUUGUUGAGAGAGUGGUGCACUACUCUGAACUUGCUAGGAUUUUGCAUGAUCUUUACCCGACAUUACAGAUUAAGGAUAAGUGCGAAGACGAUAAGCCAUUUGUGCCAACAUAUCAGGUUUCCAAAGAAAAGGCAGAGAGUUUGGGAAUCGAAUUCACACCUUUGGAAGUAACCCUCAAAGAGACUGUUGAAAGCUUUAGAGAAAAGAACAUUGUCAACUUUUAAAUUUCUCAGCCAUGAUAUCUCAUGAGGUAAUAAAUGUCAAUAUGGUUAAUCCAUGUUCAAUUGGUAAAUAUAAUUUUACAAACUCCGUGAUUAUAUUCUAUGAAGGAAUAAAUACUGUUUACUGUGGUUUGUAUUGACUAUUGAAUCAGAUCAGUCAAUAUUUUUUCAAGUAAUACUGUAAAAUGUAAAUGAUAUGAAGUUUUCAAGUUUGUUUAGGUGAGUAUGGGAAGAUUAUGC